CACAAUGGGUGAGCCCCAGGGGUCCAUGAGGAUCUUAGUGACAGGGGGCUCUGGACUGGUGGGCAGAGCCAUCCAGAAGGUGGUCGCAGAUGGCGCUGGCUUGCCUGGAGAGGAAUGGGUGUUCGUCUCCUCCAAAGAUGCAGAUCUGACGCCUCACUAGGCCCUCUGAUAUCCUGGCUUCCCUCAGGGAUGCAGCACAAACCCAAGCCCUGUUCCAGAAGGUACAGCCGACCCAUGUCAUCCAUCUUGCUGCAAUGGUAGGAGGCCUUUUCCGGAAUAUCAAAUAUAAUUUGGAUUUCUGGAGGAAGAACGUGCACAUCAAUGACAAUGUCCUACACUCAGCCUUCGAGGUGGGCACUCACAAGGUGGUCUCCUGUCUGUCCACCUGCAUCUUCCCUGACAAGACAACCUAUCCUAUUGAUGAGACAAUGAUCCACAACGGUCCACCCCACAGCAGCAAUUUUGGGUACUCGUAUGCCAAGAGGAUGAUUGACGUGCAGAACAGGGCCUACUUCCAGCAGCAUGGCUGUACCUUCACUGCUGUCAUCCCUACCAAUGUCUUUGGACCUCAUGACAACUUCAACAUCGAAGAUGGCCAUGUGCUGCCUGGCCUCAUCCAUAAGGUGCACCUGGCCAAGAGUAAUGGUUCAGCCUUGACUGUGUGGGGUACAGGGAAACCACGGAGGCAGUUCAUCUACUCACUGGACCUAGCCCGACUCUUCAUCUGGGUCUUGCGGGAGUACAAUGAAGUGGAGCCCAUCAUCCUCUCAGUGGGCGAGGAAGAUGAAGUGUCCAUCAAAGAGGCAGCCGAGGCUAUAGUGGAGGCCAUGGACUUCUGUGGGGAAGUCACUGUAUCCUUUGACUUCAGGGAUGGGCUGAGCCUUGACCAAGGUGUCCAGUUUGAUUCAACAAAGUCAGAUGGGCAGUAUAAGAAGACAGCCAGCAAUAGCAAGCUUCGGGCCUACUUGCCUGAGUUCCGUUUCACACCCUUCAAGCAAGCUGUGAAGGAGACUUGUACCUGGUUCACCGACAACUAUGAGCAGGCCCGGAAGUGAAACAUGAGACAAGCAGGUGCUCAGCUUGGCAAUGCCCAGUCAGCAAUUACCACCCUCAGACCUUGCCAAGAACUGAGGAUAAUAUCCAGCAACCUGAGCCACAUGCUGGUCUCUCUGCCAGGGGGCUCCAUGCAGCCAUCCAGGAUGUUUGUCCAUCCUCAGGGGAAUGCCAGACCAAUACCUUGCUUGUCUGCUUCUGCCCCAACCUCAGUAUAUCCAUGCUGGUCUUGCUGUCCCUUAACUAGAAACCAAUAAAAUGGAUUUUCAUAA